AUGCCGGACCAGCUCCCGUAUGCGCGGCUUGUAACCCCGCGAGUAUCCUCCUCCUCAGCAAGCAAGGGGGUCCCCAGCGUCGAUGGGGCUACCUUGGCGGUGGAUGUAUUCCGUCUAAGCGCCGCUACGAGCCAUCAGGGCAAAGAUCCCGAGUUCCAGGCCGCAGAAGUGGCUUCGUUCUCCUUCCUCGAGCUCUACCGCUUCGCAACGCUUUCGGAUCGAGUCCUGCUGGUUCUCGGCGUGAUAAUGGCGGCUAUUAACCGCGCCCUGUUCCCAUGCAUCGCAUUGGUGUUCGGCGAAGCUAUUGCGGCAUUCGCUCAGACGGACGGCGGUGUGGAUCGCGAGGCACUGAACAAGGCGUCGCUCCACUACUUCCUCAUCGCCAUCGGACUUUUCGUGACGGAUUACCUGGCGUAUCUGCUCUUCUCCCUGUCGGCCGAGCGCCAGAUGAAGGCGCUGAGAGCUCAUGCGCAUCAACACAUGCUCUACAUGGAUAUUUCAUGGUACGACCUGCAUGAUCCACUCCAGCUAUCGAGUCGAAUCACAGGCGACACGGUGAGGAUCAAAGACGGUAUGGGCCAGAAACACGGUGAUUUUGUUAAGUACGUGUGCCAGUUCUUCGCGGGCUACAUCAUCGGAUUCGCGCGUGGAUGGGAUAUCACGUUGGUCAUGAUGUGCGUCAUGCCGCUGAUGACUUGGUCGAUGGCGUAUGUUCUCCGCAGUUGGCACACUCGAGCUGCUUACGCCCAGCGGAUCUAUGCCGAGGCAGGCGCUGUGGCCGAGGAGACGCUGAGCUCGAUCCGAACUGUCAGUUCAUUGACCGCCGAGCAUCGUGCCAUCCAGAAGUACAACGAACGUACCUUGGAGGUCGAAAAUGGAAAUAUCACUCAAGUGAGGGUGUUUGCAUUCGUGCUCGGCAUCUUCCGCGGUUGCUCGUGGCUUAUUUACGCUGCGGGGCUCUGGUACGGAGGCUUCCAAGUGUACAAGGGCAAUGCAUCACCUCAACAAGUUUUCCAGUCGUUGAUGGCGGUCGUAAUGGGGUCCCGUUCACUGGCAUUUAUCUCCCCGAAUCUAACCGUCGUCAUGGACGCGAAAGGUGCCGCAGUCGCACUAUACGAGCUUCUCGACACUCGAUCUCAGAUCGAUGCUUCUCGAGAAGAUCAAGGCGUCGUCCCUGAAGUAUGUCUUGGCAAGAUCGAAGCCGUCAACGUCGACUUCGCUUACCCCACUCGAAUGGAUGCUCCCAUUUUGAGAAACUAUAGCGUCACGAUCGAACCUGGCCAGACUGUCGCGUUCGUAGGCGCUAGCGGCGGUGGAAAAAGCACCAUCAUCUCACUGCUGGAGCGGUUUUACGACCCCACCAGCAGCUCCAUUCUGCUGGACGGGCGAGACCUGCGCACACUCAACCUGAAGUGGUUGCGAUCGCAAAUUGGGCUGGUGUCCCAGGAACCGGUGCUGUUUGCAGCUACUAUUGCGGAAAAUAUCACGGCAGGACGGACCGAUUACACGCGGGAGGACGUCAUUACCGCUGCGAAUCUGGCGAACGCUCACGAGUUCAUCAUGUCACUCCCAGAAACGUACGACACUUUGAUCGGUGAGAAGGGAGCCACGAGUGCACUGGAUGCUGAGAGCGAGCGAAUUGUCCAAGAAGCUUUGAACGACCUGAUAACAAAAACAAACAUGACGACGUUGGCUAUCGCUCACCGACUCAGUACGAUUCGACACGCCGACAAAAUCGUAGUGCUGGCGGAUGGCCACGUGGUGGAAGAAGGCUCGCACGAUGACUUGGUCGAGAUCGAGCAUGGCGUCUACCACAAUUUGUACACGAUUCAGGAGGCGAAAGCUCAAGAAGAAGUGGAAGCAGCAGCUUUGGCUUUGGCUGAGGCUCAAAGCGAGCAAGCUUCCUGUGACCUGAAACUCGAGACUAGUGAGGAGGAAAACCCACGCAGAUUUACCGUGCGAAUCGCGAACGAGAUCAGCACGCCUGAGCGCAAGUAUUUCAUCCUGGAUAUGCUCGUGGCGAUUAUAACGGUUGACUAUGCGAACUACCAAGCUCAUGACGACCGCUCGUACUUAUCCUCGUUGCCACACGAGGUGACAGUUUAUGGAUCCCUCUACCUCGCUGGAGCUUUUGUUUUCUUCGCUGGCACUGCAAUCCAGAGCUACGGCUUCAGAUAUGUUGCUAAAAAGCUGACAUCUCGCCUCCGAGACAUGCAUUUCUCGUCCCUGUGUCGCCAAAACAUUGCCUUCUUCGACGAAACGGAGCAUGCGACCGGGGCCCUCACAGCCGACCUGGCUACAAGUGCAUUGCGUGUGGCGUUGAUCACUGGAGAGGCCCAAGGGCGGCGGUUUUCACGACGCUGGCUUCUCACGCUCGUCAUGCUCGCAAUCAUCCCCGUGCUGGUGCUUGGCAACGUCUUCCGGUCGGAGAACAUGCACGGCAAAGGAAUCCUCGCAGACGACAUGGCGGAUUUCUCGCAUCUGCUGGCCGUGCCGAGGAGGGCGGGCGAACGGGACGCUCAAGUGAACGGGCUGGCGGUGGGGUUCAGCUCCUUCAUCGUGUUUGCGACUUACGCGUUCACAUUUUGGUACGGCGGUAAGCUUGUGAACGACGACAAGAUCACGUUUCGUCAGCUCAUGCGCUCGCUGAUGGCCAUCAUCAUGUCUUCGCAGAGUGUUUGGGCGUCACUAGCCUAUGUGGCCGACUCAACAGCGCUCACGGGCAAAAUCAAGUUCAAGGACGUUUUGUUCCGGUACCCGACACGGCCGAAGGUGGCGGUGUUGAAAAACUACAACUUGGUCAUCGAACCUGGUCAAACCGUGGCGUUUUGUGGACCGAGUGGCGGCGGUAAAAGUACCUGCGGUGCUCUUCUCGAGCGGUUUUACGACCCGAUCCAAGGCCAGGUGAUGCUGGACGGCGUGGAUAUCAAGCAGCUCAAUGUUCGAUGGCUGCGAAGGCAGAUUGGGCUUGUCGGUCAGGAGCCGACGUUGUUCAUCGGCACGAUCGCGGAGAAUAUCGCCUAUGGCCAGGACACGAUGCCCGACAUGGAAGAGAUCGAGGCCGUGGCCAAGAUGUCAAACGCGCACGAGUUCAUCAUGCAGUUCCCAGACGGCUUCAACACGCAGGUGGGCAUGAAGGGCGAGCAGUUGUCAGGGGGCCAGAAGCAGCGCAUCGCAAUCGCUCGCGCGAUGCUCAAGAACCCGCAGAUCUUGCUGCUCGACGAGGACACGAGCGGGCUCGACUCGGAAAGCGAGAAGAUCGUGCAGGAGGCGCUCGACAAGGUGGUCGCCCUGCACCGACGCACCACCAUCGUGAUAGCUCACCGACUGUCAACGAUCCGCACUGCAGACAAAAUCUGUGUUGUGAGUGGCGGCAAGGUCGCAGAGCAAGGCACGCACCAGGAGCUAGUGUCCCGUCGUGGGAUCUACGCCAAGUUGGUAGAGUCUGCUGCAAACUAA